AUGAAUCAAACGCCAAUUGAUUCACGAAAUGAUAUAAUAACAACUGAACAUCAACAGAAACAUAUUGCAGUUCAAAAAGAAAAGUAUAUUAAAAAACGCCUUAUUUUAUUCUUACAUGCAUAUAAAUGUCAACGACAUGAAAUAGCAUAUCCAAAUACAUGUACGGUACCAUAUUGCAGUACUAUGAAAGAUUUACUACAACAUAUGAUAAAAUGUGAUAAAUAUAGGAGCUGUACAUUUACUCAUUGUUUUAUUUCACGUCAAAUUAUUUUACAUUGGAGACAAUCUAUAACAGCAAUUAAAUCGAUAACAGAUGUAGAAGUUAUGUGUGAUACAAGCAUUAAUAAUUUAGAUGAUUAUAUUCGACGUAUUGAAGAUGAAGCAUUUAAAAUUGCUAAUAAUGAAGAUGAAUAUUUUCGUAAAUUAGCUGAAAUAAUCUAUAAAAUUCAGAAGCAAUUAGAUGAUCGUCAAGAAAAAAGACAUUUACAAGAAAACAUACGUUGA